AACUUUUUGUUCCUACCAGGAGACGUUACUGGUCGUGGAAUAAAUUCUAUGCUCCAACAGCUCCAUCUUCUGGAGGAAAUGAGGUUCAAAUUCAGUUGCAUUUAGGUUUUCCAAGUUAUUUUUGACUCUUAAGCAGUCAGUGAAUGUAAAUGGCGAAACAAUUAAUUCACUGCAAGUUUCGGGAAGCCUCUGGUGACCUUCUGAUGGAUUUUCUUAUUAAUCUUAACAAAAGAAACAAAGAAAACCUCAGCAGUUUAUCGAAAUGUAACGGUGUAUUCAAAGAUAAAAGAGUCGUUGAGUACAUCCUUCUGAUAACCAGAGAAAUGAGACUCGAUCCACUGGUUGGAUACCAUGCAAUUGAAUUACUUCAAAGAUUCAUGGUCAAGCACCUUAGGAAUUUGUUCACUGCCCACACAUCAGCUGGUGAUCAGCCGAGAAGACACAAGGACUCAAGGACGUUUUUUGACAAGAUCAAGGAGAAAUUCCCAAUCCUUAUCUUCUCCUGCGUCCAACUUGCGAGCAAACUGUCAUUGUACAGUCAGAUAAUCAACAACAAGACUGCUGUGCAGUUCCUGCAUUCAGUUGGCAUCAGAAUUUCCGCACAGUCUCUCUUCGAAUCAGAGAUGAUGAUCUUGAAAGCACUUGAAUUCAGACUGCAUGUCCCAAAUCCUCUGACGUACAUGGAAAUACUUCUGGAGGUACUUGGACACAAUGAGCCAUCCAUCCAUGUGGAGCGCCUGUAUGACAUGGGCCAUCAUGUCCUUCAGUUUGUCAGCCUACAGCGGACUCCCAUCUACGAGACAUUGUUAAAGACAAUCAGUCAAUGUCUCAACCCAACCAGAGAACAGAGAGAGAAGUUUGCGACGGUGACUGAAGACAACAUGCUUCUUGGUGUCACUGUCAUUGCUGUGGCUACGUUCAUCCUCUAUGUCAAAAAGUGGGAACAGGUUGUGGGAGAACUGAGCCAUAUCACAGGAAUCUCAAAGAGGAGCAUCAGCGAUUUUACUCAUGUGAUACUGAUGCAGAUCAAUGGAUCCAGUUCCCAUGUGACAUCAGCUUGAGUCUGAAUAAAACUCACUCCCUAAAACUGCAUUAUAUCACUGCUGUUGGUGUUGGAGUAAGUUCUUUAGUUGUAGAUUUUUGGGCAGAAGAAUUGUUGUGUUUCUGUAAAGCUGAAACAAUACAGAUGUUUUAGUGCUGUGAUUUAUACUGUAUAAGAUGUCGACCUACCAAACAGAUUAUUUUAUAAAUCUUGUGGGGCUUUGACAUAGAAAUUAACACUUGACACUUUUUCAUUUCUUUUCAUUUCAAGUGCAAUUGUGAUUGAUCACUUACAUUAGAAGCAUUGUGGUUUGUUGUGAUACUUGUAUUAGGUUUCACCAAAAUGUUAAUAAUUGUCACAUCUGAGUGACAUUGGAAUCUGAGGAAAUUAGCAUUUGUUUGGUAAUUAAACAGGCAAUAUUGGUGGGGGUUUUAUUGGGACAAUCAGAAAUGUCAUAAUAAAAAUCUGAAAUAUGAAU